AUGGGUAGAUCGCUUAAGGAGUAUGAUCAGAUGCCUCUCCCUACUAUCGAUGCUCUAGAUGCCAUAGAUGAUCCUCUAAUAAUGGAUGAGAUGAACUUCGAUUUAUCCCUGCUUAAGGAGGAGUUGCAGAAUAAUUUACCCACAAUGAAUUUGGAGCAGCGUGAAGCAUUUGAUAAGGUGAUUAGUGCUGUAAAUGAUGAUGUUGGAGGCUUUUUUUUUUGUGAUUCUACUGAUGGAGAAAGCAAAGUUAACAUACCUGAAGACAUCCUUAUUCAUGACAAUGAAGAUGGUUUCAAUUCUUUGGUUAAUUUUGUGUAUCCAAAUUUGUUGCUAAAUUUAAACAAUGGGUCGUACUUUAGAGACAGAACAAUACUUGCCCCUACACUUGAUAUUGUCAACGAUGUUAACAAGCACAUAAUGAAAUCUUUAAUUAGAGAGGCGAAGACCUACCUUAGCUCUGAUUCAUUGUCCGUAGAGGAAGGUAACAUGGAAUCUGAAUUAGAUACAAUCACUUCAGAUGUUCUCAAUUCUAUAAAUUGUUCAGCCUUGUCUCCUCACGUGUUGACUCUUAAAGAAGGUGUAUCAGUAAUGUUACUACGAAACAUUAAUCAAUCAAAUGGGCUAUGCAAUGGCACAAGAUCACAGGUACGCAGGUUAGGUAAUCAUGUUAUUGAAUGUAUCACAUUAACAGGAGAUAAAGCAGGUCAAGUGGUUUUGAUACCACAGAUGAACAUGAUACCCAACAAUGCUACUAUUCCUUUUAGGUUUCAAAGGAGGCAAUUUCCAUUAGUUGUUUCAUUUUCUAUGACUAUUAACAAGUCUCAGGGUCAAACUUUAACAACUGUGGGAUUGUACUUGCCGAAACCUAUUUUUACCCAUGGUCAACUAUAUGUUGCUCUAUCAAGGGUAAAAUCAAAAUCCGGUUUAAAGGUAUUAAUUGAGAAUAAUUCAUUAAAGACAAAAGGUAAUACCAUCAAUGUUGUUUAUAGAGAAGUAUUUAAGAACCUCAGUGACCGUGUAUAA